UGGAGCGGCCCGGGGGAGGGCGGGCGGCGCAGCAGCCUCAGCGCCCACGAAGCCGGAGCCCAGCCCCGCGCGCGCACCGCUGCAGCAGUUCCAGCUUCUGGAAGGAUGUUACCUCUGAUGAUGAGAGUGUUAAUGCUGCUGCUGCUGCUGCUGCCGCCCCUGGGUCAAGCUGCUCCCAAGGAUGGAGCCACGAGGCUGGACUCUGAAGUGCAGCAUCAGCUCCUGCCCAACCCCUUCCAGCCGGGCCAGGAGCAGCUCCGACUUCUGCAGGGCUACCUAAAAGGACUAGAGAAGAUGGAAGAGGAGCCAGAGCACCUGAGCCGGGAGCAAGUUCUCCUCUACCUCUUUGCCCUUCAUGACUAUGACCAGAGUGGACAGCUGGAUGGCUUGGAGUUGCUGUCCAUGUUGACAGCCGCCCUGGCCCCUGGAGCUGCUGACUUUCCUACCACCAACCCGGUGGUCCUGGUAGUGGACAAGGUGCUGGAGACCCAGGACCUGAAUGGGGACGGACUCAUGACCCCUGCUGAGCUCGUCAGCUUCCCAGGAGAGGCCCCCAGGCAUGCAGAGUCCAGAGAGCCCCUUGCUCCGUCUCCCUGGGAGCCACAAGCUGUUGGGAGGCAGUCCCUGUUAGUGAAAAGCCCAUUAAGACAAGAAACACAGGAAGCCCUGGAUGCCAGAGAAGCAGCUGGGGGCCACGUAGAGGCCAGAAGGGAGUCCUUGGAGCCUGUCCAGGAGGCUGGGGGCCAGGCAGAGGCUGAAGGAGAUGCCCCAGGUCCCGGAGAGGAGGCCGGGGGCCAGGCAGAGGUCAGGGACAAUGGGGAGGAAGCCAGAGAGCUUCCAGGGGAAACACUGGAGUUGAAGAACACCUCAAAUGAGUUUGUGGUUCACCAUAUUCAGCUGGAGAAUGAUGAGAUAUAAACCUUGAGGAUACAGGCUUGCACCCCUCGCAGUCUCAGUGCCAGGACACAAGCCACUAUAGGAGGCAUGCGUGUUGGGACCACCUCUGUGUCCCCUUUCUAGCCCCAGUAGGUGUCAGGUCUUUCUGUGCAGCUCAGGGAGACCCUAAGUUAAGUGGCAGCUUUAGGGCCCAGACAAGCAAUAAAUAACUGAAUUAAUUUAUCCCCCCCGGGCCAUCUAUCUACUGGUCCAGCCUGCCCAGACCCCCUAGGGGCACAGGGGGCUGGGGACUGAACAGGCCCUUGGAGGGACAGGGGUUCAGCUUUCCCAGCGUGUCUAGCCCAGGGUGCUAAGAUAGCGGAGUCUACAGCACUAGCCACAGUGAGCUGCAGAUAGCCCUGUGAAGAAAGCUCGGUCUACCCCUGGGGCCCCAAUACGCUCCUGUUCCCCCUUCACCUGGUGUUCAGACACCCUGUGCCCUCCUGGAGCUCAGGGCAGAUGGUCCCCAUCACCCUGUAUCUGUCCCCCACCCCCAGCAAUAUUAAUAAUAACUAUCAUUUUUUGCGAGUUUAG